GCGCCACUGGGUGGGUUUCUCUGUAUUCAGGAUCUCGUGAUCACUACCUUCCUGUUUGCAUCGAGUACUGUAUCUUAAAGGUAAAAGAUCGCCGCUUUUAAAAUUCUGUUACAGAUCUAUACACGCCGCGUAGGCGUUAUGAUCGCUUGGCUAUGAGACUUAGAGAACCAUGGUGGCUUGGCACCGGAUCGUAACCUGUUUUUCGCUGCUCCAAAUCGGUUUGUUAUUGUCGCUGUUGGCUCACAGCAGCGAGAAACCGUCUGGGAAAUGUUUUCCAAAGGAGUCCUGUCAGCCCUCGAGACCUCCUGUGGUUCUGAUACCAGGGGACUUGGGAAACCAGUUGGAGGCGAAGCUGGAUAAACCAAGUGUGGUCCAUUACAUCUGCUACAAGAAGACCGACUCUUUUUUCACCCUGUGGCUCAACCUGGAGCUCCUUGUACCUGUGGCCAUAGACUGUUGGAUAGACAAUAUUAGGCUGAUCUACAACAGGACAACACACACUACCUCAUCCCCACCAGGUGUGAACAUUCGUGUACCAGGGUUUGGAAAGACGUGUUCACUGGAGUACCUUGACCCCAGUAAACGCAGUGUUGGUAUGUAUUUCUUUACUAUUGUGCAGGCGCUGGUAGAGUGGGGCUAUACCAGAGAUGAUGAUGUCAGAGGAGCUCCCUAUGAUUGGAGGAGAGCACCAAAUGAGAAUAAAGAGUUCUUCCUGGCAUUGCAGAGGAUGAUUGAAGAGAUGGCAGAGAAAGCUGGUGGGCCUGUGGUGCUGAUUGCGCACAGCAUGGGCAACAUGUACACAUUGUACUUUCUUAACCAGCAGCCACAGGCCUGGAAAGACAGAUACAUCAAAGCUUUUAUCUCUCUGGGACCACCAUGGGCAGGGGUGGCAAAGACCCUGCGUGUGCUUACCUCUGGUGAUAAUAACCGCAUACCAGUGAUCAGCCCCUUAAAGAUUCGCUCCCAGCAAAGAUCUGCUGUGUCCACCUCCUGGCUGCUCCCUUAUAUCCAUUCUUGGCCUAAAGAUAAGGUCCUGGUCCAAACACCCACCACCAACUAUACUGUGCUUGACUACAAGCAGUUCUUCUCAGACAUUGAUUUUGAAGAUGGCUGGCUGAUGCGGCAGGACACAGAGACAUUAGUGGCUGAUCUCACGGCACCUGGGGUUGUUGUCCACUGCUUGUAUGGCAGUGGCAUUCCCACAUCGGAAGCCUUCCAGUACUCUGACAAGUUUCCAGAUGUGGAGCCAACAGUGGUGUUUGGGGAUGGUGAUGGCACAGUAAACCUGCUAAGUGCUGUCCAGUGCAAGCGCUGGAUAGGAAAGCAGAAGCAGUCUGUUACAUUAAAAGAGCUUCCAGGGAAUGAGCAUGUGAACAUGUUAUUGAACUUCACAACAGUUGCAUACAUCAGGAGUGUGCUGUUUUCUCCAUGAUAUUGUAGAAACUGAGGAUCAGAUUGAUAGUAAGAUGGCUUUACUCAAAGCUAAGCUAAGCUCAACAUACUUGCACACAGAGAUAUGAUGGACAGGGACUGUUUCCUUGAUCUGUUUCUCUGAACCUUUACUGCCAAAAUACUUUGUUGUGCAUGCUGCAUCUCUUAAGAAAAACUAUUUGAUAUUUUAUAGUACCUUUGCAGAAUUGGGGUUUUAAAUAAUUUUAGAGCUGCACAAACAUGCAACUUCUAUAAUUUUAUAAUUUACUGUCAAUUAAGCAUAUACAUACUAGUUUAUACAUUAACGUCAGGAUUAAAGCACCAAAGGAAGACCUUCUAUUGUUAUACCUUCAGUCAGUAGUGUCUGUCAAAUUCAAAGCCAGUAGUAUGAUGUGUUUUAAGUGUCUUAGACAUAAAUCAAAGUCAUAUCUUUUUAUUAGUUUUGCAGAAUAGAUUGCUGAAUUCUUUUUUCUGUUAUUGCACUAGGCACAGGCUGUAAUAUCAUCUUUGUUGGAGUAUCAUAUUAUGUUUUAGUGCUGUUUUUAUUUUCAAAUUACUAAAACAUGUUAAUAAAAACUUCUAUCAUA